AGGUUUUUUUAUUUUCCCAGCAAUCAGUACAACCAAGUCAUCGUUAUAAGGCAUCGCCCUCUUUUGCCCACCCCCCCAGCACCAGGUGUGGCCACUAGCCUAUAUGAAGGCCCAAAAUUGUGUGUUCCUUUCUGCUCUGACAAUGGCAUGCCCAUUCGUGCGAGAUGUGGUGGAUGAAGAAGCACUUGUGCUGAGGAGAGCCUUCAGGCGAGAAAGGGUCUUCAGGGACCGGUUGGACCCACUGGCCUUCCCUGACGACCAUCUAUAUGAAAGAUACAGGUUUUCUGCAGAUGGCAUCAGGUAUCUAUGCAGACUACUGGGUCCCAGGAUUAAGCACCGCACUGCACGGAGCCAUGCACUGAGUGUGGAGCAAAUGGUUUGUGUGGCCUUGCGCUUUUUGCUAGUGGAGCCUUCCUGUACUCAGUGGGGGAUGCAGAACAGCUGAACAAGGCCACAAUUUGCCGCACAAUAAGGAGUGUGUGUCUGGCUAUCAAAGCAUUAGCAGAUGUCUUCAUCUCCUUCCCUGGCCACAGAAGACUCUGUGACAUCAAAGAGGAGUUCUAUAGGAUUGCAGAUGGUCUGCAAUGCUGACUGUGUGAUCAGCAAUGUUGUGGCAAAAUGGCCUGGCUCAGUCCAUGACUCCAGAAUCUUUCGGGCCUCUGAAAUCUAUCAGUGCCUAUCACAAGGUGAAUUCUCUGGUGUGUUGCUGGGAGACAGGGGGUAUGGCUGCCAGCCUUUUCUCCUGACACCUUUCACAGACCCCCAGGAAGCACAGCAGGCCUACAACCAUGCCCAUGCCAGGACCAGGGCCAGAGUUGAAAUGACCUUUGGCCUCCUGAAGGCACGCUUUCACUGCCUUCACAAAUUAAGGGUCAGCCCUGUUAGGGCAUAUGAUAUUACUGUGGCUUGUGCUGUCCUCCACAAUGUGGCCUGCCUGAGGAAGGAGAGGGCCCCCAGAGUGCCACCAGCCAUGGACUGGGACAAUCCGGCAAUCUUCCCUGAUGACGACAGUGGUCGGCUGCUGAGGGACCAAUAUGUGUUGAAUUAUUUUAGUUAGUAUGUGUGCUUUCAAUUUUGGUUAAAUAUGUCCUGCGGUGGCAGAGGAAUUUGGGUUU